GGAUAUCAAACAUCAUAGGCAACGCCUAAUACGCUGAUAAAAAUGUCUCGCUCGCUUAUUCUCUUCGCAUCAGUAUUUAGCCUAGCCUUAGCGCAAAGCAACUAUCCAAACCAAUCUGCACCUUUCAACCUCGUCCUGUCAAGCGAUAACAGCACUCUGAAUGGCCUCAAGCUCACCGCUUGCCACUCCGGAGCUGCCGUCGAGUCAUUCUGUCUCGACGACAACGUCCAAGAGCCCCAAUUCCAGACAUUCUUCUUCAACGGCUCAGCCGAAGCACCCCAGGACCCUAGCUACCUACCUUCCGGUCUGAUAACAUGGACUUUCACCGGUGGCCAGCCGCCUUUUACUUCGAGCACGGCAAUGUCGCUCAUGUAUAACCCAGCUUCCAACCUCGCGUUUCCGCUCAUUUGGCCCAGCAGCGACACCGCUCAGCCUGUUUCGUUCACUGAGGAUGAGCUCCUAGCCGUGGCGGCCAACGUCGACGACGCGGUUUCGCCCCCCGAACCGUUUGAGAACUAUGUCACCUAUUUGACUGAUCGCUGGGCCGUGUGUACGACGUAUUGGCAGGGGUACGGAUAUGUUGCGCUGCAGUACGUCCUGGGCAAGGAAGAGCCGCAGAACCCCAGCUGUCAACGGGUGACGGUGAAGAGAGUCUUUUUGGAGUCGUGAGAGGCAUUGGGACGCCAACGAGCUGUUAUAUGUCCUAAUCAACCUGGAUCGGGUUCUAUAAUAUACAGGUCAUAUUAUCUUCGUGUGCCCUUCUUAGAUACAUAAUUUUAUUCUUUAAUUAUUAUUUUACCAUGUCAAUAGACUAUCAUAGGUAGGUAGGUAGUGAAUUAUGACCGGC